AUGGCCAGAGCUCUGUUCUUCUGUGUACUGUUUCUGUUUCUCUCUUCUCUUUCGGCUGCAAGGAGUCGUCUACUAGCCACGACUUCCAAUGCUACCACUUAUACUCGUGUGUGUGAUCCUUCGAGGUUUGCUGAGUUAGGGCUCAAGUUGAAGGACUUCGGUUACUGCGAUAAGUCUCUGUCCUACGAUCUUAGAGCCAAAGAUUUAGUGGACAGAAUGACUCUCGCAGAGAAGGUCCAACAGCUCGGAGACAAGAGCACUGGGGUUUCCAGGAUAGGACUACCCGAGUAUGAAUGGUGGUCUGAGGCGCUUCAUGGCGUCUCCGAUGUCGGUCCGGGCACCCACUUUGAUCAGCUUGUUCCUGGUGCAACAAGCUUUCCUACCGUCAUUCUUACUGCGGCAUCUUUCAACCAGUCUCUCUGGAAGAAAAUCGGCCAGGUUGUCUCCACGGAAGCAAGAGCUAUGUAUAAUCUGGGCCGUGCUGGAUUGACUUAUUGGAGUCCUAACAUCAAUGUAGUAAGAGAUCCUAGAUGGGGAAGAAUCACAGAGACACCAGGGGAGGAUCCUUACGUAGUUGGUUCUUAUGCAGUAAACUAUGUUAGAGGUCUGCAAGACGUCGAGGGAUACGAGAACACCACCGACUUGAACUCUAGGCCUCUGAAGGUUUCUUCAUGCUGUAAGCACUAUGCUGCUUAUGACGUCGAUAACUGGCUUGGAGUUGAUCGCCUGCACUUUGACGCAAGGGUGUCUGAGCAAGAUAUGGUGGAGUCGUUUCUCCGUCCCUUUGAGAUGUGUGUCCGAGAUGGAGAUGUUAGCAGUGUUAUGUGCUCUUACAACAGAGUUAAUGGAAUUCCCACUUGUGCUAACCCGCAACUUUUGAAGGAGACUGUGAGAGGAGACUGGGAUCUUCAUGGAUACAUUGUCUCAGAUUGUGAUUCCAUCGAAGUGAUCUACGACGAUCACAAAUUUCUGUCUGACACACCGGAGGAUGCUGUAGCGCAAGUUCUGAAUGCAGGCUUGGAUUUGGAUUGUGGAGCUACCUACACUAAUUAUGCUGAGAACGCGACAUUGCAAGGGAAAAUCAGAGAGGGAGACAUAGACAAGGCUCUCAAGAAUCUCUACGUCGUACUCAUGAGGCUGGGGUUCUUCGACGGCAGUCCUAAGUUCGAGUCACUGGGGAAGGAUAACGUCUGUGCUGGUGAACACAUUGAGUUAGCAGCGGAGGCAGCCAGAGAGGGGAUUGUUUUGCUUAAGAAUGCUGAUGAUACUUUGCCUUUGAAUAACUCCAUUAAAACACUGGCAGUGGUUGGGCCACACGCUAAUGCUACAAAAGUAAUGAUCGGGAACUAUGCAGGUAUUCCAUGCCGUUAUACUUCCCCAUUGCAAGGUUUAUCUAGAUUUGCAGACGUGAAGUAUGCAAUGGGAUGCAGUGAUGUAGCAUGUAAAAAUGAGAGUUUGACUUUUGGAGCGAUGAAGGCAGCAAAGAAUGCAGAUGCUACAGUGGUGAUUGUGGGUCUAGAUUUGUCAGUUGAAGCAGAGAGUUUGGAUCGAGUUGAUUUGCUUCUUCCUGGUUAUCAAACUCAGUUGAUAAACCAAGUUGCUGAAGUUUCUAAAGGACCCGUUAUUCUUGUGGUCAUGUCUGCCGGAGGUGUUGAUAUUUCUUUUGCCAAGAGCAACUCAAAUAUUAAAGCAAUUCUCUGGGCUGGGUAUCCUGGAGAGGAAGGUGGUUCAGCCAUUGCAGAUGUUAUAUUUGGAAAAUACAACCCAGGUGGCAAAUUACCAAUUACAUGGUAUGAAGCAGACUAUGUGGACAAGCUGCCAAUGACAUCAAUGCCAUUUAGGCCAGUUGAUAGUUUGGGCUUUCCUGGAAGAACAUACAAGUUCUUCAAUGGCUCUACAGUCUUUCCCUUUGGAUAUGGCUUGAGUUAUACUCAGUUUACUUAUAACAUUGCUUCAUCUAAAAGGUCUCUGGACAUUAACUUGAACAAGUAUCAGCAUUGCCGGCCUCUAUCUUAUGAGGACGAUGCAUAUAAGCCUCCAUGCCCAGCAGUCUUGGUUGAUGAUAUGGUCUGUGACAAAGAGUUGGAAUUUGAUUUCGAGAUUGAAGUGCAGAACAGAGGAAGUAUGGAUGGAAAUGAUGUACUGAUCGUAUAUUCCAAACCUCCAAAUGGUGUAGUUGGUGCUCCUGCUAAGCAGGUAAUUGGAUUUGAGAGGGUGUUUGUACCCAAAGGAGAGAGCAAGAAAGUGAAGUUUACUUUUAAUGCUUGCAAAAGCUUGAUGCUGGUGGAUAGUAACAGUUACACUCUCUUACCAUCUGGGCAGCACACGAUCAUGGUUGGAGAUGGAUUGAUUUCAUUCCCUAUGCAAGUUAACUUUCAGUUCUAG